ACCAUUUACUUAUCACCAAUGUAGUAGAACUUUCAGGUGGAUUUUUUUACUGCGAUACAGCACAAGAAUUUCUGAAAUACAAGGCAUUCAUCAUUUGAAGAGCCAAGAAUCACAAACAUCUUUGUUCCUAUUGCUGGAUGUCUUGUUCGUACACAUAUUCCGUUUGUUUGUUGAUGCUAUAGUGAGGUAGAGACAGAGGUGAUUCAAAUUCGAAAUAAUGGCGAAAAAUGCUUGAACAACCACCCAUCAGCAAUUUAAAUUAAGAUAAAGACUUAAAAGUGUGGUCCAAGCUACAUACCAGUGCAAAGGAAAAUGGGAACUUCCUAACGAGGUUCCCUUACCCCGUCUUCGAGCCAUGUUUCGAUCAACGGUCAGAGGCGGAGAGACUUUUCUAAUUGGCUGUUACCCAUUAAUCAAUUUGUCAAUCCCAUCCCCUACUCCAAAAGAAAAUAAGCACUACAGGUCGAAGUCAUUUUGUUGACGGAUGGGUGCAUCUUUAAUUUAGAGGACUUGAGGCCUUGAGCUGCUGAGCAAACUUUGGCCUGCAAUUAUUUGUUCAACAUGCCAUACAUAUCCAGAAGUACCUUUCCUCCGAAAUCCUAAACCCUAACCCUCUUUUUUCUUGGUAUUUACGAUGAAACCAAUUCUCACUCUGCUUUACCUUUUCCUGUUUGUGUAUGUUGUCACCCUGUUGGUGGCCGGAGAUUUGGCAUCUACGUACACUCCGGUGGAAAAUAUCACCAUUGCUUGUGGCACUAAUGGGACUUUUGACCCUUAUAGAGAUUGGAGUGGAGAUAUCAAUUCGAAAUUCUCGCCCAUUGGCAGCACCACCCAAGUCAAUACUUCGACCUCCGAUUACUCCUAUUACUAUAGUGAUGACGUGCCAUACUACACAGCGCGGCUUUCUCACUCGGAGUUUACUUACAGUUUCAAUCUCACGGCCGGCCAAAAGUUCAUACGGUUGUACUUCUACCCAGCAUCCUACACCAACUUCAGCCGCUCCAAAGCUCUCUUCUCCGUCAAAGCCGGUGACUUUACCCUUCUUGACAAUUUCAAUGCUUCUGCCACUGCUGAUGCUUCUGGGGAGAGUAGGUUAUACAGAGAAUUCUGUUUGAACGUUGACGAAGAACAGAGUCUAAAGACUUUCAACAUCACAUUCAGUCCAAGCAAAGAUGCCUACGCAUUUAUCAACGGUAUUGAAAUCGUGUCGAUGCCAACCAGUCUUUACUACUCUGCAGCCAAAAGCGAGGGGUUUCGGUACGUCGGAGACAGCCAACUUCAUCGCAUCGAAAACAGCACUGCUCUGCAGACGCUCUACCGACUAGACAUCGCUGGUGGAGGCCCAACCUUAUCCUUUCAAUACCCCUCAUCCUAUGAAUACAUGUACCGUUCCGAUGACGUGUACCGCUGGUGGAAUAUUUCCGAUGACGUGUACUUGGAUAGUUUAAGCAAAACAAUCAGCGAGCUACCAUACAACGAUACAAUCCAGCUCAAAUUUGUUAAAAUUCCUGAGUACUCGGCACCAGAAUAUGUUUACCUUACAGGCCGGUCCCUAGGGAUGGAGAAAUACAUCAACAAGAGCUACAAUCUCACCUGGAGAUUUCCCGUAGAUUCUUCAUUCCAUUACCUUGUGAGGCUGCAUUUCUGUGAGCUUGAACCAAGUUUUACCCAGUCCGGGGACAGAAAGUUUCAAAUCAAUAUAAACAGCCAGACAGUUGAAGAAGGAGCAGACAUAAUCCAAUGGAGUGGUGGAAAUGGGAUUCCAGUUUACAGAGACUACGUAGUGUACAUGUCUGGCCCUGAAAAUGAAAAGAACGUAGAUCUCUCUCUCACUCUUGCAGCAGAUGAGAAGAGCUCAUAUAAUGAGGCAAUCCUGAAUGGGCUUGAAAUCUUUAAACUACUUGACUCAAAUGUCUCAUAUGACGCCCGACGCAAUCCUGAUUCACUGCAAUUGAAAAGACCAAAAAAGUCGAGUGAGUCAACUCCUACGGUUGCCAUUGUUGCUGGUGUCAUUUCCAGCAUAAUUGUGUUCUCGGUGAUCGGAUUCUUGGUCUUCAGGCGAGGAUGGAAAGCUAAGGACUCAAGAUCCAGCCACAGGACGAAGAAGUCAAUGAAGGUCUAUAAGUCAUCUUUACCGACUAAUUGUCGUCAUUUUUCACUGCCAGAGAUCAAAGUCGCCACUGAAAACUUCAAUGCUACUUCUAUUAUUGGAGUUGGAGGAUUUGGCAAUGUCUACAAAGGACGGAUUGAUGGCCAGGCAACCCUUGUUGCAAUCAAGAGGCUAAAACCGGAUUCAUCACAGGGUGCCCAUGAGUUUAAAACAGAAAUUGAAUUGCUCACCCAAAUCUGUCAUCGCCAUUUGGUGUCUUUGAUUGGAUAUCGUAAUGGUAAAGGUGAGAUGAUCUUAGUGUAUGAUUACAUGGCACGUGGGACACUCAGGGACCAUCUCUACAACACUGAGAACCCACCUCUUCCUUGGAAAGAACGGCUACAGAUUUGUAUUGGCGCAGCACAAGGGUUGCAGUACCUUCAUAGUGGUGCCAUGGGCACCAUCAUCCACCGUGACGUGAAGAGCACUAACAUCUUAUUGGAUGAAAACUGGGUGGCCAAGGUUUCAGAUUUUGGGCUGUCGAAAGGCACGAAUCACAUGUCCAAAACCCACAUCAGCACUCUGGUGAAAGGCAGUUUCGGGUAUCUGGACCCAGAAUAUUUCCGAACACAACAUCUGACUCCUCAAUCAGACGUCUACUCAUUCGGUGUAGUGUUGUGUGAAGUAUUGUGUGCGAGGCCUGCUGUGAUACAUACGGAGGAAAUUAGGCAAGCAAACCUGGCUGAGUGGGCCAAGAGCUGUCAUCAGAAUGGGGAACUUGAUCAAAUCAUCGAUCCAAUUUUGAGAGGUAACAUCACAGCCGAGUGCCUGAAUAAGUUUACUGAGGUAGCUAUCAGUUGUAUGCAUGAUAAUGGAACAGAACGGCCGUCCAUGACUGAUGUUGUUAGGGGGCUUGAGCUUGCCUUGCAGCUUCAGCAGAGUGCAGAAGGGAAUAUCAACUGCAUUGAAAGAAAUGUCGAAACUGAAACAAGCAGCAGUGAGAAAAGUUGUGCCACCAACGAUUCCAUUAAAUGCAUAUCUGCGACAAUCUUCUCUGAGAUUAACAACCCAAUUGGGAGAUGAUGAGCAUCAAUUCAAAGCAAUGAGAGCAAUCUGGACAGAAUCAUACCGGGUAAGUAUUAUCACAUUAAGUAUUUCAACUGGAUUUGCUAGGAAAAACAAUAGAAUGCAAAAUUACUUGCAGUCCCAGCACAUUACACUUCAUUCUAUAUCCCUAUGGUAGUCCUAGCAUUACUUUUCAUCAAUGUACUAUAUAGUUUACGAAGCUUAUUACUGCUGAAUGCAACAGAAGAGUUGCUCAUGAUAAAAGAAAGUCAUCAUUUGGAAAGCAAAGAAUGAUAAUACAUUUGUAAUGA